ACAUAAAAAAACACAAUUUUACCCAAGUGUUUGUCUAUGAGGGGAUUAUUUUACUCUUUUUUUUUUGCAAAAGUUAGGAGAGCAAGUAGUCCGAGUUGGGACGUCCCACAUCGGCAAAAGCCACGACGCGCUCCCUGAUACGCUGCUCGCUCCUCCAGUGGGGUGGAAGCUCGCAAAGAAACGUCCAUCCAUCCAUCCACGACUGCAGAAAGCAGCAGACACAGCGAGACACUCACUCCCAGUCCCCACUGAGUCCGACCAUGACUGCGAAGAACCGACAGAAGAACGCCGCUGGCGAGAAGGCUGCCGCCGCGACAGCCGCAGCAGCAACCGUCGCCGCGCCGGUCCAGGAUGAGAAGAAACCGCAGAGGAGCAACGGAGUGAGCGGCCCCACGGGAGCCCCGGGGCACGCACGCACCGGGAAGAGCUGGCUGGGCAGCCUGGUGUCCGCGCUCUUCUACGCGGCUAUGCUCGGCGCCGCCGGCCUGGCUGCCUUCCACUUGCAGAAGGUGGUGGAGGAGAUCCGCCAAACGAGCGCAAAACACGCGGAGAGCGCGCAGGCCAGCGCGGACAUGAGCCGCAAAAUGGACAACGUCGCCCGACAGGUGGAGUCUCUGAGGGGCGCCGUGGACGGUUUGGAGACGUCACUGGGUGUCACCCGGGUGGAGCUGGAGGGCGCCCUCAGCCGCAUGAAGAAGGGUGAGGUGGAGACCAGAAGGGUGGAGGAUACCCUCCAGAAGCUCCAGAGCGACCUCCUCAGGGACCUCUCUGAAGGCAUCAGCGAGGUGAAGGAGGCCUGCGAGCGCGACUUCUCCUCUCUGGAGACGACGGUGGAGCAGCGCCUGGAUGACGUGAGCCGCUCGAUGCGAGCCAGCGUGGCCGGGUUUACGGCGACUCAGGGCGAGGCGCAGAGCCAGCUGGCCGACCUCCAAGCCCGCCUCGGCGGCGUCGAGGACCCCGUCCUCGUCAAGCAGGAGCUGUCCGCCAUCGUUAACGCGGUGGCCGAGAUCAGGGCUGCCAAGCAGGACGCCGACACCUCCACCCUUUCCAUCCAGGAGCAGAUCAGCUCCGUCAGGGCGGAGCUCCAGACCCGCAACCAGGAGGUGGCGUCGCUGUCACAGGAGGUGGAGUCAGUGAGGUCGGUGGUGCAGGACACGGUCGGAAGUCUCAAGAUGGGCGUGUCUGCGGCCGAGUCGGAAGUCAAAACCCUGAAGGACCAAACGGCCACGCUGGAGGGCAGCUUGGCGCGAGCGCUGGACGGCGUGGGCGACGUCGAGAAGAAGCUGAGCGAGGUGUCGGCUCAAACGCAGAAGAGAUGGGACGACGUGGAAGCCCGACUGAAGGCGUCGGAAGAGAGCGGGGAUGCCGUCUCCUCCAAGUUGGAGUCCAUACUGUCGAAGCACGACGUCCACGAGAGCGGGAAGGAGCAAGGCGGGCACAAGGAGCUGGAGGCCCUGAGGAGCAACCUGGAGGACCUCCAGUCCAAUAUGGUCGCCAUGGGUGAGGCUCAGGACACGCUGUUAUCCACCGACUCCCUCAUGGGGCGGCGGGUGGAGGACCUGGAGAGGAAGCUGACCGCCUCCGAGGAGGAGGCGGAGCAUGCCGCCAUGCUGGAGGAGCACGGACAGGCCAUCGCCUCCAUGCAGAGAGCCUUGCAGGAGGUCACGCAGACUGUGGCGGCUUUAUCCGAACCCCAGGAAGAGCAAUAAACUUGUAUUAUUAUUUUUUUUAGUCGUGUGAACUUGCCGCUGCACAGGAAGAAAGAGUGGACUCUGAUGAUCUGUGAAUCCAAACUCAUUCUGCACUGUUUUAGUCUCAUUUUCUACUUCCUGCUCAGGUUUGAAGGUCAAAAGCAAUACGCUCCACUUUAGCACUCCGCCGUUUACUCCUUUUUGGGUUUUCUUUUUUACAAUAAAAAAAUACUUUCUGACUUUUA